GAUAUUUUUCUAUUGUAUGCCAAAAAACUGUGUAAUUGUUUUACAGCCUAAAUUUUGUAAUUUAUUCAUUUUUUGUGAUUCCAUUUUUUCAGUUGGCAAUAAGAGCAGUGGAGUAAAAGUUGUUGAGUUUGUGUGAGAAGGAAGUUCGCUAGUUUUACCAGGAACAGAAUUUUAACCAUAAACUUAGGGAAUAGUCUUUCAUGUUUUUCUCUUUUUUCUCCAGUUAUAUUCCCACAUAGUCCUCAGGUUUUAAACAGGGAGCAAGAUGAACAGGUUUAGGAAAAGGUCUAAUUUAGCAGCCUCAACUACAAACCUAGCCUACUUGCAAAAUUACUGAUGGUAUCUCUGUUGAGGCAUUUUAAUAGCUUCACUACCAUCUGGCUAAAGAUUGGACCUUCAAAUCAUGUCAACGCUUCCCUCAGUCAACGCCAUCUGAUUUUCGUUCGAAUGAGUUGGAGGUCGGCAGUCGUAUUAUGCUUUCAUCCUCACCCCAAUGCCAUAAACCAUGUUUUCCCCCUCAGCAGAGAAUCUUGGAUAGCCCUUAUUUUUUAGUCCAAGAUUAAUGAAGAUAAAAUCUUCAUUCAAAGGAGAGUCCCUUAACCUGACAUUGUAAUAUUGUGUUGUUUUCUUCUUCAGCCUCUAUGAUGACUUUUCUUCUACUUAUGGAGAUCUGAUCUUAACAUAAACAAUAAAGAACUUCCACCAUCUUCUCUAUCAAAUAGAUAGAGGAAACCCCAUUAUUUUUUUUGAUAAGUAAGGAAACCCCGUUAUUUUUAGCAUGCUAUCUUUUAUAUAUUCUUUAACGAUGGGGUUUGGGGAGGUGGAUACUUCUUUUAAAAAUAUCCCCAGAUUGAUGAAAUCCAUGUUCCAUAUUCAGCCAUCUUUGGACCUUAGUAGCAAGCGGCUGCCAGGGAAAAACCUCAUUGAAGUAUAAAUUUGAAUCUGAAGAAGUCUCACCCUUGCUGACAAGCCAGCUAAAAUGGCAGUUGAAAUGCCUGUUCAUUGUCCACACCUAGUACAAAUAGUCAUCUAGCCAACUGAAGAUACACAGUAGAAGACUAAUAGAAGCUAGCAAGGUGAAAAGUACUUAUUGGAAUCCAGUUUAAAAGUAGAGAGGAUUGUGAAUGGUGCAAGGUGAAAGUGAAACAUUUUCCUGCAAGAUGAUGGGUAAUUGUCAUGGAAAGCAGGCUUACACAGCUAAUUUUAGCUGUACUAGUACACUUAAUUGAGGCACUAAACUAAUUCGGGAUUUAAUAACCCAAAGGAGAACAAAAAGAAAGAUGACUGAUUGAGUCUCAUGUGACCGAUCCCAUAAGCCAUGUUGUUUAAUCUUUAAGGAUUGCAGAGUAGUCAGAGGAAUAUAAUAAUAAACUCAGCAUCACAUGAUAAGCUCCUUCCAAGUCCACACCUAUUAUAGAAUAAAGAAAAGAAUCAGUAAAAUAUCUAUGGGGAAAAUGGAGCUGAGACCACAGCUGGUCUAAUUAGGCUUGUCAGUAACCCUGGACAAGCAUCUUAUGUGUAAAUGGAGACCUUAAAGUGCACUUUUACAGUCAUUAUGAGCCAUAACUUACCUACUCCAGUCUCAUUUUGUAUCAAUAGCUUUGAUGUUUUGCCGUAACCAAAUUCAAAAUAUAAACUUUGUUAGUUUUUAAGAUGAGUUUAUGCGUAACAGUUUCUUGCUCCUGUUACUUUAAACCUGCUUUGAUCUAUCCUGUUUAACCUGAGUUGUCAGUCUGGAAACACUACAGCCUCCCGGUCAGUUAUCCAUAAUACUAACACUAGGUGAAACCAAAGUGCUUUAUACCACUUAUGAUAAAAGAUUAUUUUAAGCUCCAAACAGGCUUCUUAGAAAAUUUAGUUUUCUCAAAUUACAUCUAUAUAUUGCAUAUAUUUUCUCAGGCUUGAGCACAAACUUUGGUAACAAGCAUGCAUUGCAAUCCUCCUUGAAAAGAAGUCUUCCUGUGAAUCAGCUUGAGGCUUUCAUCUUUUAAAUCUCUCUUUUUUGGCCUCCCAACUACACAUUGCCAUGAAAACCAGUCAUGGAGCUUUAGUUACUCUCUUUGCAUUGUUUGUCAUUCAUUUUCUCAUGUGUUCUGCACUAUCACUCCACCAUGAAAGAUAUACUCAUCCAAGGGAAAGAAGUCAAUCAAGAAGAUUGCUGGCUUCUAUUACUCCACUCUCUGCACAUCUGAACAAGUUAAAUGGAGGAACAGAAGAAUCUAAGAAAACUGUGGAGGCAAGUUUAAGGAAAGCACCCUCGAGUGCCCCAAAUCCUACCCAGAAUAAGUAACCUCGAUGUCACUUGUUUAGGGAUCUCAUCUAGAACGAGACAUACUGUUCUCUUUCUACAUUUUUGUAGUCUUUACUUUUUAUGUUGGAUAGGUAGAGAAGGGGUUCUAUACAGAUAUUUUUUCCAGCUUCGUUUUUGUUUCACUUGCUCAGAUUUUAUUUAUUCUUUUUGCAAGGCCUUGUUUCCAUGGCAGAUUUAGGAGGAGAAGUGUGUUUAAUGGAUUGUAUAACAAGAUAAUCAGAUUUAGUAUUGGUAUCAAUCUGUUUAGGUAGUUAAAGCCAAAAAUGGGGUUUGAGGUUGAUGAUGCUAGUCUUUAAGUGAUGUUCUUUUCCCAGCUUCAUUUUUCCUGUAUAUAUGUCUGUAGUUUUAUUUAGUUGUAUUUUAUGGAAAAAGAUGCAAGUUGAUGAAAUAUUUACAUGAACCAUUUGCAGCAUUCUGCUUUUGUUUUUCUUUUGCGUGUGGCCUCAUAUGAGAAAUUCAGUUCUUUCAUUUCUGAAAUGGGACUGAAUCUGAUAAAAAGCGAGGUGUCCGAGUUACUUCUUCCAAACAAAAAUAAUGCUACUGUACUUGGUAAUUCUUGCUUUCUUUUUAGAUAGAAUUGAACCUUUACAACUAAAAUGAUAUGUUCUUUCUUUCUCUCCUCUCCUCUCUUUCAUCUCACAUAUUCUUUUGAGGUGUCAUCCCCAUCCCUUUUUUCCACAAAUGGCAAUGUUUCUGGGUUCAGCAUUGACUAACCAUUUGUUGUUUUCUUUUGUUUUUAUCAUCACCUGAUCUAUUGCCUUUCAAACUGAAAAGCCAACAACCUCAGCUACAUUAAUGAACCUUUGUCUACCUUUAGUUUUUAGCAAAUCAGUGCUGCAAUAAGAGUCUGACCAGUUUCCCUUAGGACUACUACUACAAGUGGCUCAAAGUGCAAAAUGGUUUAAGCUUAGUAAUUUCCUCAGGCUUGACAGGACUACUUCAUAUGCAACCCUAGCAUUUCAUACCCAGAUUUUGCAUGUGGAUCAUGUUUACUCUUGCAGCAGGGAAAUUCUAAUUGAAGCCCUAGAAAAUGUGAAAAAAUACAAUAUAAUCAUAAGUUUUCUUUUGAACACGCUCUCAACUUCAGAAUAUGUUCAUCUUGCAAAUCAUAAUGAACCCAAAAACUCUUGUUUUAUCUCUUACAGAAGCAUAUUUCCUGUUGGACAAGAUUUCAUACACGGUGAACAAUCUUAUUAGGUUGGCUUAAGAAGGAAAAAGAAAAAUGCAAACAACAAACAACAUCCAUUACACCCUAUCUACAAAAUCAAACAACAGAUAUUCUCCCUUUCAAAAUAAACCACAUGAACUAAGAGUUUAGGAUGACAUCUUUAAGCUUAGAGAGCUCUGCCCUUCCAAAAUUACUCUGAUUCGUCUCCUUUGAUAAACGCCAAGUACACAAGGGAGCCAUCCUCCAGACUUACUUCCUUCUUCCCACAAAACUGCCUCCCCAAGAACACCAAGGCAAUCGUAAUAGACUGAGCUAGAAGCCAGGAAAUUAUGAAUGGGAAAAACAAAAACACUAAAAUAAAUGCGAUUUUCCAACUUCUGUACCUUUUUGUAUAAGCAACAUCAGUUCACCAGAAUAAAACCUCUAUUUCAUAAUUGGUCUAAGGUAAGUAUUUUUACCAAAUUGUUUCUUGCACAAAGAAACCAACAAUGGAUGUCCCACAGAAAUCCUGCACACUAAACAUGGGAAACCCUAACAAGAAUGAAGGUGAGAGCACCACACAGUGUGAAUAACUUGAGAAGUCUUUCUAGGCUGGAUUCCAGACUUAAGUAGUCAAUUGUCUCCACAUUAACAUGCUUGGAGUAAAUGCAAGUCAAAAAGCUCCCUGCCUCUUCUAGUUCUCAAUCCUGGGACCGCCUUAUAAAACUCAGAUUCCAAUGACCAUGGCAGCACUCCUGGCACUUGCAACCCACACUUUCCUGUUAACUACUAAAGCAUAAAAGGACAAGAACCUUGACUUCAAGGUCACCUCUCCAUGUCACAUUUUCAAGACACAACCAAAUCCUCUGCCCAUAGUACACAAAAAGCAAAAUGAAAUUUUGAAAAACAUUGUAAUCCUUCCUGAUAGGGUCCCACAAAACCUGCGCCAGAGAACCACCCCUAUCAUUUGAACACCCCCCCCUCUUCCAUCUUAUUAAAUGUAUCAGCCACCACCUUUCUCCAUCUCCUUCUUUACGUCCACAAUCGUUUAUUUAGUAAUGCUUUAUUAAAACUGUAAAGCUUCUAAUUCCUACUUUCUUGUAGAACACACUGAAGAUCUUUUAAACCAAAUGAGAGUUUUCCUUGCUUCUGUCUUACAAAAAUCCUCUUUGUAGCUUCUUCAACUUUAGGCAAAUCGAAGUCAGCAUCACAAAAGUGGAUCUGAAAACUGACAAGCAUAAAAGAGUUCUAUGAACCAGUGUGAAUCCACUCCCUAGAUAAAUAUUGCCUCUUGCAAGACGCUAGACUUUUUCAAAUCACUCAACCACCUGUUUGCUCACUGCAUAGGUUUAACUGGAGCACCCAAUGGAAAUUUCAGAUAAGAAGAUAGAAGCUUACUUAACUUUACUUCAAAUCAGUACUGCAAGAGCCUCUGUAUCUGCAACCUCCUCUGAAGGAAUUAUCUCACUCUUAGACAGUUGAACUUAAGCUAGAGAUACCUUGGAAAUACAGGAGCAUAUGUCUAAGGUAUAACAACAAUGCACCACUCACCCCCCACAAGAACACAUCUCUGAAUCAAUCUUAGCCUUCCAAUCAUGUUUCAUGGUGAUGUUGUUUGAGAGUUUUAUGUAUUUUUAUAAAACAAUCAUCUCAUAAGAAGUUUUCAUUCCAUGAAUGAAAUCUGUCUGGAUAAAAAGGUCAUCAAAAGUUGAUGAUGUGUUUUUCAUAGUUAAGGCAUUGUCCUUUUGGUUACUUUAUGUGCACUAUAUGCUUUGUUUUUAGAAUGUCAGUUUCCUUGCCAAGUACUUCUUUGUCAAAGUGUUUUUUCUUUUAAUUGUUGCCUAGAUAUUUGUUAUUUGACUGUUAACUAAUAGCUUAAGUUCUUAACAUGGUAUAAGAGCUUCAUUUUUCAAAAGGUCUGGGGUUUGAACAUCAUGUUUGUUUUCAUAGUUUGCCCUCCCAUGAAUGACUUCUGGGCUGUACUUGAAGGUGUGGGCUAGGUUUAGGGGUCACAUUUUUAGGGGUAGGGAGGAAUUGGAGAAGUAGGGGAUUGCAUGUGAACAGGUGUAUGAGGUGGAAGGAGGGAUGUUUGCCUUUUCACAUUUGAGUUAGGGGUCGUGCAUGUGGUGGUGUAUGCUUUGGUGGUUUUUUGUUUUGUUUUGUUCUUUUUUUUGUGCAUAUUAGGAAUGUGGGGGGUUUAUCACAUGAUAAAACAUUGAUGGUCUAUUAUCUAAUAGUUUAAGCGUUUGAGUUACUUGGUGGCUUAACAAUUGUUAAGGUUAGAUGUGUGGAUAACAUAUAUAGCAAGGAUCUUGCAGAUUUUAUGUGUCAUGGUUAGAUGUAUAAAUAACAUAUAUGACAAGUGUCUUACAAAUUUUAGCAUCUUAAAUUUACUACCAGUGCUAAAUCUGUGCAAUUUGUGUGAGGGCUGACUCAUCCUUUGUAAUUUAUGGCCGAAAAAUGAGAACUUUAUGACUUAGUUAUCAUUUAUAUUUUAUCUUCUUAAUGUACUUGUUUAUUUAUUUACUUCUCUUCUUCUCUUUUUCUUCCUUAGUUAAUUUUUAGUGUUAUAUUUUACAUUUUCAAAUUUAUUUUACUUAAUGACCAAUAACUCAUUAAACCUACUUUACUUUGAAGCUUAACUUUCAAUUGAAGUAUAAUAUUUAAGUUUGAGCUAUUGAUUAACAUUUUAAAAGAAUAGCUAUGAGGCGUGUUAGCUGACUAAAAAGCUUAGAUAUCGCCCGCGUGGGCAAUAUAUUAGGGCAAUGUGACCUUCAAAAAGGUGACAGAGUGGUGAGAGUGAUGAUGAUAGCAUAUCUUGCUUUUAAGUUAGUUAUAGUGUUGUCUACUAUGGUUACUUUGUGCGCGUGUUAGCUGACUAAAAAGCUUAGAUAUCGCACGUGUGGGCGAUAUAAUGGGCUCAUAAUAAGAAACCCUAGUUAGCUUUGUUUAAAACCACAUUGGUACUCACACAUAAAUAGAGGGCAAUAAUCUCUCUCAUAAAUCCCUCUCCAUAAGCAUUCCUUCCUUAAUAUCCGUUGAUACCUUUUCCUUUCUACUCAUUUUUUCCAUAAAAAAUGAAGUUUUGCAAUCAACAUCAUCCUCUUUCUUUACCUCCAUUUCCAAUUGUUGAGCAUAAGCUUUCACAACAAUUUUCUCAUUUUGGUGGCAAUUUUCGAGUAGAAGAAGAAAAUUGCCGCCUUGGAUGGUCAUGGAAUCCAUCCAAAAGAUCAUUUGAUUUAUGUACAAGGAAGAAGAAACCUCAUCUCGAGUUAAUGCAUCCAAACAAGUUUUCAAUAGAGAAAUUUGGAAACAAUGAGGAGUAUUAUUCAACUUCAAGUACUACUUGCCAAAGACAUGAAAAUCAUGCAGCUCCAAGUGAGAGAAUUGUGGUUCUUGCACUACCUGCAACAUCUUCUACACAAUGGAAGGAAUUGAAACAACGGAAACCCAGACAACCGAGAAUCAAGUCCAAGAAAAUAGAAAUUCAUGAGCAGGACAACAAGCAAAAGAGCCCCCCCUUUACUUUCAUGCUUACUGAGUGGCAAGGAAGGCAAAAGCGGGACACAAAUAGGGUCAGACGAAUGAUAAAACGAGUAUCGUCGGAUAUGCAUGAUGUGCAUGCACAAGUUUAUGAAAUAUGAAGGAAAGGAACAAGGGAGGCAAAGAAGAUGAUGGAUGAGCAUUUCUCGAAGAGUAGUUUUCCUUUCGGUGAAGGGUUUUUUAUUUAUUUAAUAAAUAAUUUGCUACAAGGGGAUUAUAUUUUCUGUAAGCUUUACAUGGUUUGUUCGCAAUCCUUUUGUUUCUUUUAUAGAGAUAAAUUAUGAAAUUCCAUUUUUCCUAUUUAGUAUGGGAAUGAAGAAUGAAAUUGUAACAA